AUGACCGUAAAAUCUAUACAACAAACAUCGCCACUGAAGUCCUUUGUUCAUACGAACACUCAGGAGGAACAUUCUUUCAUUUCCGUAUCAACAGACAAUCUAAAAGUCAUGCGACUACGUCAUGUCAGAGUCCAAUUUUCCUUUCAACUUUACAGACCAUUCCAUGGUGAUGAAGAAUUCAAGCAGACCUUCUUCAGAGCACAAGAAGCUAUGAGGAAAGGCAAUUCAUCCCGGUCCUACUAUGUUCGCGACGAGAACUUGGAGAACAUCGCCGUUUUCAAGCCCUCGGACGAGGAGCCAUUUGCAGCGCUGAAUCCUAAGUGGCCAAAGUUCUUCCAGAGGGUGUUAUGCUUCUGCUGCUUCGGACGUGCAUGUCUGAUUCCGAACAACGGUUACUUAUCAGAGACUGGAGCCAGCAUAGUAGAUGACCUGCUGCAGUUGCAUAUCGUGCCAAAAACGAGGGUUGUCCGUAUGGCGUCACCCUCCUUCUAUUACUCUCGUUGCUGCGGACGCUAUGAAAUCAAACCAAAAGAGGGCAGCUUCCAGGUGAUUCGCCUUCUCGUUUCCAUGUCAUUUUCAGAAAUUUUCCAAAUCUCAUAA